AUGGCUUGGACGAAUGAUUUAAAUCAAUUGGAGCCAACUUUUAUGUAUACCCAGCUAUUCAAGGAAACUCUUCUUGAUAUGAAACACGAUGAACAGGCGAUUAAACAGUUUACAAUUUAUUGUCGACAUCAUAACUGCGGAUCGACAGAUAAUAUUGAUGAAUUUGAAAAAAAAUACCAACCUCAAUCAGCUAUUUGGUGGUAUACUUGCCCAUCAUUUAUCUAUUCUAUGCUGAAUUAUGCUCUACGUUCGAUGGAAGGUGAUACCAUUAUUAAAAUGGGAUUUUUCAUUCAUGAUCUUCACCAACAAAUCCAACAACUAUACCAACAACAGGUUAUUAGCUAUGAUCGUAAACCAUUUCUGGUUUAUAGGGGGCAAGGUCUAUCCAGAACAAACUUUGAAAAACUCAAAACAACGAAAGCUACUUUGAUGUCUUUCAACAACUUCUUAUCCACUAGUACAGAACAAGACACACUCCUUGGAUUUGCUUUAAGUGCAUUGGAAAAUACUGACAUGGUGGGCAUUCUAUUUAUAAUGUCUAUUGAUCCCAAUAUAGAAACAGCGUCAUUCGCCUCUAUCAAGGAAGUAAGCUAUUUUAGAGAAGAAGAUGAAAUUCUCUUUUCAAUGCACACCGUCUUUCGAGUCGGUGCAAUUAAACAAAUGGACACUGAGCAUCAACUUUAUCAAGUCGAGCUAGAAUUAACGUCGGAUGAUGAUCAACAGUUACGAUUACUUACUAAUUGGAUACGAGAAGAAGCUGGUGGUACUGGAUGGGAAAGCUUGGGUGACUUAUUGCUUGAAAUUGGUCAGUUUAAUAAAGCUGAAGAACUUUAUAAUGUAUUACUCGAACAGACAUCUGAUGAGGGUGGAAAGCAGUAUUAUUACAAUCAGUUAGGAUCUGUCAAAUUUCGCCAGGGUGAUUAUGAAAAGGCUAUUUGGUAUUACGAACAAAGGCCUGAAAUCUGCCAAAAACCUCUUCCAGCAAAUCAUCCUGAUUUCGCUACUUCAUACAACAACGUCGGUUUGGUGUAUGACAGCAUGGGAGAGUACUCGAAAGCACUUUCAUAUUACGAGAAAUCACUUGAAAUUCGACAAAAAACUCUUCCUUCAAAUCAUCCUGAUUUAGCUACUUUAUACAACAAUAUCGGUAUUAUGUAUUACAAUGUGAAAGACUAUUCAAAAGCAGUGUCAUAUUAUGAACGUGCUCUGGACAUAUUGCAACGUGCAUUGCCUCCAACUCAUCCUAAUAUAAAAAGUGUGAAGGAGAAUAUUGAAAUUGUAAAAAAGAAAUCAUAA